ACGUCAUAGAAAGCGGUGAUGCUAAUUUUGAGAAAUCCCAACAAACCAGGGAGGCGUUGUGUGAGUUGGCACGUGGAUCUAAAUGUAUCGCUGGCAAAGGGAUGCUCUAACAUCAGACGUUCACUACCACCGUCAACGGACUCGUUACAGCAUUUUUACUGCAGCAAUCGCGAUAACAAGAUGGGAAGCCCAACAGGAACCCUCCUGAGACCACCGUCCUAUCAUCCUGUCAUAGAUUGGAUGCCAGCGGAUGGUCACCCACAAUAUUAUGUUAUAAAUCCUAUGCACGUGGUCACACUCAGGGACAAAAGCAGGACCUUUGCAGUACGUUGUGUAGAAAAGAUUAAGGCCAUAUCAGAAAAGUGGUUCACUCAUAUUCUUUUGCUGAUAUUCUUAAUCGGUUACGCGUGUUUGGGUGCUGUGAUAUUCAAAGCCCUGGAGGCCCCUUUGGAGAAUAGAGAAAGGAUUAGUUUGAGCAGGAUUAGGGAGCUUAUCAUUCACGAUAUGUGGAUUUUGCACAACAGGAAUGUGAGCCUUAAUACUUGGAACAGUGAAGUCACACAUAAGAUGAUCGCUUACGAGGAGCAGGUGUAUGAGGCUUUCCAGAAUAAGAUUUCUAUCGACCCUGAGCAACCUCAAUGGACUUUUUGGGGUGCCAUGUUUUACUGUUGCACUGUUUUUACUACUAUAGGUUACGGUAACAUCGCACCAAGUACUAAAGGAGGAAGAGCAGUUACGAUAGUUUAUGCCUUUAUUGGAAUUCCAUUUUUACUUAUGGUGCUUGCAGAUUUGGGUAAACUGUUCACACGUGCCAUAAAAUUAGUCUUCAAGUACAUAAGAAUGUUUUAUCAAACGGGACAGAUGAAGAAAGUGAGGAAAGUUGGAAGACGAGCAACUGCAGUUCCUGCCCAGUUGAUGUUUGCAUGGAGAGGAGGAAUGCCUUCACCUUCUGUUCAAUCGAAAAAUUCUCCAGUGAAUUUAGAAGGAGGAAAAGAAAAUGAAACAGAAGAAGACAUCGUUUCGUACGCUGAACCAUUAGCACCUAGUUACUACGAAGUAGACGAUGAAUUUAAUUUACCAGUAAGUUUAGCAAUGGUGAUAUUAGUAGCAUACAUGAUGUUGGGUGCAUUUUUAUUUACUUUAUGGGAAAAUUGGACAUUUUUCGAGGCAUUUUACUUCGUAUUCAUAUCGAUGAGUACCAUCGGUUUCGGUGACUAUUCACCAGCUCAUCCAAGAUACAUGAUGGCAACAUUUAUCUACUUACUCUUUGGUUUGGCUUUAACAUCAAUGUGCAUCAAUGUCAUUCAGGAAAAGUUAUCGGCCACUUUUCAGAAAGCCAAAUUACGUCUUGGUAACACAUUCGGUUUGGAUAUGGCUAAUAUAAUAGAGGAAGAUUAUGGUAAACCCGAUAUAACUGAGGUACAUGGAAAGGAUAAAUCAAAAUCCGAAAAGGAAUCUCCACCAAAAAAUGAUGUGGUGGCAAAUGGAAAAACAAAAUCGAAAGAAACAACAGAGAACAAAACUUGAACUUUCACAAUUUAUGUUAAUUAAUAUAAUUAUUCUCAUUUGUAGACCACUCGGUCUAGUGUUUAGGCCUCUCUUGGUCUAGUGAGUAGGCCUCUUAUACAAAUGUUUUUUUUUUUUUUUUUUUCUAUAUGCUCAGAGAGCUUAUUUUAAACACGUGUGACAGAAUUUUACUAUUUUAGUGUCAAUUUUUUAAAAUAAAAAAGUGUCCAAAGUGAUAGAUGUAGAUAUGUGAAUGUGCGUAUGUUGCAGCAGUUCAUAUCAUAUGUAUAAAGUCCAUUAUAAUUACUGUGAUAAAGUUUGUGGUUGUGUAUAUGUUUUAUUAUUAUAAUUUUUAACUUUUAUAUGUCUUGAUAUAUUUAUUGACUGCAUUGCUGCAUUGUUUACAAGUUUACGAAAGGAAAAAAAUAUAUAUAUCUGUUAGAUGUGGCAUGAAAAU